AAUGAUGAUCAAUACAUAAGAUGAUAAAUAAAUUACUAUUCCUGUCCCAAUUUUAUAGAAGUUUAGUAAAACUUAUUCUCAAAUUCAAGGUAAUAACUAAAUUCAUUAUCUUAGAAAACUCUAGAAACAAGACUAUUUUGAAUUUAAAAGUAGAAAGUGUAAUUGUUAAUAAAGUCAUUGAAUUUCUCUAAAAAUUAUUAUCCUCUGACAUUUCUGUAAUCCCAAAACCUGUUCCUAAUGGAAAAAUUGAGACUUAUUUGAAUGAGACAGAAUGCAAUUUCUUAAGAUCAAUUACACCUAUUGAAAGACAAUUCAUAUUAAAAUUUGCAGAUGACUUAGGCUUUGAACAUUUAUCUAAUUUAAUGUUAGCAUCAUUUGCUUGUGAAUUUGUAGGCUGUACAACAUAAGAGUUCUUGAAAAAAUGUAAUAUUAUUAAUGUAGAAUAUACACUGGAAUUAGAAAAAGAUAUAUAAAAGUAAUACGAUACAAUAAUCAAAAGAAAUUGA